GACCGCGUACGAGCCACACGCCCACGCGACCACCUUACCCACUCCCAAAAUGUCCCCGCCGAGGCGCCUCGCCGUGCUCUGCUCCCACCUCCGCCCCGACGGCGCGGAGCCUCCAGCCGAGAAUGAGCGGCCGGCCGGGCAGAAAACGGUGAUAUCCACCUCUCCGUGCGGAGACGACGGCCGCGGCGCGGCGGCCGGUCGCGUGGGGGAUCGGGAGGCGGAGAGCUGCGUCUUCUGCCGGAUCAUACGCGACGAGGCGCCGGCGUUCAAGCUCUACGAAGAUGAUGUAUGCGUUUGCAUAUUGGAUUCUCACCCAUUGGCUCUUGGGCAUUCGUUGAUAAUUCCAAAAUGCCAUUUUUCAUCUAUGGAGGUCACUCCACCUCAUGUCAUAGCAGCAAUGUGUUCCAAAGUACCUUUUCUGAGCAAUGCAAUUAUGAAGGCUACUGACUGCGAUGCAUUCAACUUGGUCGUCAAUAAUGGAGAAGCUGCAGGACAAGUUAUUUUCCAUACCCACUUCCACAUAAUUCCUCGUAGAUCUGGUGACAAGUUGUGGCCUACAGAGAGCUUUAGGAGGAGCUCUAUUGAGCCAAAUGAAACCUCGAGUCUUAUUAGCUGCAUCAAGAAGCAACUUGAUUCUUCAGAAGACUGAAGCUCAUUACCGCAUAAGGUCCAAUAGAAAGCUGCUUCAGUUGUCCAGUCAAGUACAUAAUCUGCCUCGGUUGCAUAGCUGAAGUAAUCCAUGAGUUUAACAAAUUCGAAAAACACUGGCACUGUAACUACUGUAUAAUAUCUGCCUCGAUGCCCAGCUCUUAUUGUCAACUGAGGGGACGAACUAUGUACGGAGCCACCUUCGUAUAGAUGAUUAUAUCUUAUGGAAAAAAUCUAAUGAAACUAAUUUGGUGUUGUAGAUGUUAA